AGCGUCAAAAUGGCGACGAAGCAACCGAGAUACAGAAGUUCUGCAUUUAAAACACAUAAGGCUAAACAAAACAUGCACUCUGUAAUCUCUUCUGACGUGAUGGGUAAUAGAAAUGUCGAAAUAGUACCAGUAGGGGCAUGGGUUGAGCCAGCCGAUAGCGAUUUACAACCCAGUGCAGUUGUGAGUAAAAUGUAAAAUUCUGAUCAUGUUGUGACUUGAUUAUCAAUUUAAUUUAAUAUUAUUAUAUCAUUGAUAUAAUUAUAAUAAAAUGGUAAUACUUCUUUGGCUAAUGUGAAGAGAUAGCACCCUGGUUCCGAUAGGAUAAAAACACUGGUUCUGAUAGGGUCAAAACCCAGUAUAGGGAUAAGUUUAGGGUUCAGGUUAGGUUUUGGACAUCGAAGUGGUUAUGCGCAGCCGACUGCGUAUAACCCUGAGAGUUAUACGCAGUCGGCAAGUCACGUGACGUCUAUAUUCUUCCUGUGUUACAGUAUCAAUCAAUAAGGGUGCCUUGAUAUCGGGUGACUGUGUGGACGAAUGGUCUAAACUGACCAAUCCUCAAGUUGGUGGUUUUGAGUUCAAUUCCAGCCAACGGCAAGCCAUGAAUACACGGUAGUUGCUAUGCUUUUUCUCGAGAAUGAAGCAACAACUAGGCUUAUUGUUUUACUUUUUUUUUUGGCUAAAAAAUGUAAAAACAUGGGAAGAAUUAUUAACUUGACCAAGGUAAUGUUAAUAAUGUUAUACUUAUAAUUAUCAAAUAUAUGUUUGUGUUGUUAACUAAUUUUUUGGCAGAUAAAAUCAUGUUUCACUGGCACAGUAAUAAAAAUAAUCAUGGGUUGAGAGUAGCAGGAAAAAAAUCGCCCGAUAGUGGCAGGGGUUCUGUAGAGGGGGCACUGUAAGUAUUGCAGGGGGUUCUGUAGAGGGGGCACUGUAAGUAGGGCAGGGGGUUCUGUAGAGGGGGCAGUGUAAGUAAUACUUUCACACAGUUAUAGUUUUGCAUGGAAGCUGAAAACUGUUACAUUUAGGUCAUCAAAAAAAAAAUCAUAAAUGAUAAAAUUUAAAAAAAGAUAAAUAGAAUGUAUUUCCUGAAUUAGUCAGUAAAACCAAUCACAUAGUCAUAGUCAUAGCAACAUAUAUAAACCUAAUCAAUCAAAAUACAUGACUAGACUAAGACCAUGGAAAUGCCUUUAAAAAAAUCUAAGACUUAGACUCUAAGAAAUGUAGACUUUGACUUAUACUUAUAAUAUAUAAGAUACAAGCAAUAAUACUAAUAAUAGCACUAAUACUAAUACUAUUGCUAUCAUCAAUUUCAAUAUUAAUUAAAAUUAAUUCAAUUAAAAUUUUACUUUCAACACAUCCAAAGUUCUAGUUCUAAACAACCCGUCAUGCAGCUCAUUACGCAUAAUACUUUUUUUUUUAAAUUGCCAAACUAACGAUAAUAAACCUUAUUUGGCUAAAUUCCCAGCCGACUGCGUAUAACCCUGAGAGUUAUACGCAGUCGGCUGUGUAUAACCCUCAGGGUUAUGCGCAGUCGACUGCGUAUAACUCUCAGGGUUAUACGCAGCCGACUGCGUAUAACGCUUCCCUUUGGACAUGGUAAUGGUAAAAAAACGAACUGUUUUAAUGAAGUUCAAUCAGGUAAAAAAAUACAUAUUUAUAUUAUUUCACUAGAAAAAAUUAAUCGUGCUAAAAAAAUGGGGUAAAUGUGAAGAGAUAGCACCACAUUAUUUUACCAUGUCCUAAAUGUAUCCCUAAAAAACACUUGAUUGGUUACUACAACAUGUAUUUAUUGUUUAAAAAGCCAUUUCUCUACACACACUGACAUAAAUAGUUGUACCAUAAACAAGGUAUGUUUAAUUAAAAAAAUGUAUGAUUAUGAUAUACCUACUGUGUUUCCUCUCUCUUCUAAUGGAUUUCCAAUGCUGUGUUGUUAUGACAGCGAUGAUCGUCAUUAUGCUCCCUACCCUCCACCUUUCCCUCAGAAUGUGAUCAUCAGCAUUAAGCACGCUCCCUUUCCUUCAAAGUACUCGGAAUAUACAGAUAGCCCCUUGAAGCCUUGGGGUGUGGAUGGGGGGUAGGAUUUGAAGUUGAUUACCGACCAAGGCAGCGGGGACACACAUCACUAAUUUGUGAAUCAAGUUAUCUGACCGAGAGUGACCGGGGAUUUUGCCUUAGAUCACUAUAUCAAAGAAUGACAACGAAGGAGUUUCAGUGUCAUGGUUUUAAGCAGCUGACCAGAGAAACCAUGUAAAGCAGUUGGCCAAUCAAAAGACGCAAAGUUUGGAGUCUCAACCUAAUAGGAUUCCACCAACAUCAAAGAGCGACUGAUGUCCAAGCCAACGAUGGACAAGGGAACCAGAGGCGUGCCUCGAGCAUGUGGUAUUAAUGUAACACCUUUGUUUAAGUUCAGCUAGGGUUGAAAAAGAGGAUUUUAUUACAGAGCUUCAGAACAAGAUUGUUCCCGGUGUUGGAGUGGAUCUGUUAACAUUUCUUACUGCUCUGAGCUCCAAAAUAUAUUUAUAAAUUAAUUUUAUAAAACUAAAAUGAAUAAUAUUCAUGUUUUAUUUAAACAAAAUUUUAUUUAUUAAAAUUGUUGCCCUACUCUUCUACCAAAUAAGUACAUUUCAAAUGCACAGUUAAUAAGAUGAGUGAUUGACAAUAAAUUUCCGGAGUGAAGCUGGUGGGGUCCACAAAUUUGUGUCAAUGUGUGAUAAUGUGUUAAAUUUCUUUUAAACAUGUGUGAUGAUGGGGGAAAUGAUAGCGUGGGGUUGUUUAUUGAUGGUCAUCUCAUACUGAUGGUAAGCAAAUAUUUUGUCCGUGGCUGGUCAGCUCUAAUUUGAGCACCCCUUCCCCUUUUUCAUAUGCCAAUGCGCUUAAUUUGACUGAUUUGUGCUGACUAAAAUAAGGGUGAGGGCUAAUGGUUAUAUAUUAUAUAAUAAGACGGACUGGUAAUACUGGUAGUGAGAUCAUUUUGUUCAAAAUGGCAGGGUGACCAAGAUUAACUAGAAUUCAAAUUGUUGAUAUAAAUAAAAUUUUAAACGAUGCAGCAAUACAGACUGAGAUUUGGUUAAUGCUCAGACUUUGUGAAGAAACAAAUAACGUCGAUACAAUUAUGGAAUUUUCUGCAAGUUGCUCCAUUUAAAGAAAAAAAUGGAAUGCAACAACAGUAGAACUGGUUAUUUCGAUGGCCUUGGGGUUAGCCAAAAAGUGUCGAGAUAACUGAAGAUCGAGAUAAACGAACACCAAUAUGGUGGAAAUAUAUUAACAUGUGCUUGAAAUUUCUUUAUGUAUAAGAUUUGCGUUUAUAAAUGAGUUGUACAUGCACAUGUUUUUGGAGUUUUUUUACACAACAGCGUUACCCCGAUUUGUUUGAUGAAGCGAUCGGUAUGCUAUAAAAAUGUACAUACAUGUUAGCUAACAACACACGGCAUAAGUGGGGCGUCACUUUUCUGGAUUAUUCCGGAUUCGUGAGGGUAAAUAUUUUUCAGCUCCGGAUUCACAAGGUUUAUUUUCUCUCGCUCUGGAUUCGCCAGUUCAGUUUAUUUAGAUACGGAUUCUGGGUUUUAAAAAAAAAAAUCAACCUGUAAGAAUGCGUGAAAGCCUAUUAAGGGAUAAGCGGGUUCUCUAUAAAUAAAACAGGUACUGCGACCUCUCUCUUUUGUUUGCAAGCCUCUCGCUUCUUGCUGUAUCACGUUAAUUGCGCGGACAACGAUAUUGUCAUUUCAUUUCAAUUACUACAGUUUGAAGUAGGCACGUUUCUGUUGUAUAUAAUUUUCAAUAGCCCUCGAUUGGUCAUGGGGAUUGAGAUAACCGAGGUUAAGUUGCCAAUUUGGCCACCUUUUGUGCUUGAGAUAUCAGUGUUAUGCGACAUAAAAGAACAACAUAGCUGACGAGAAAAUGCUAAGACAAAGCAAGAAUUUGGUGGUUACACUUCAAAAACGUAGACAUAAUAGGGUUGGCAAGUUAACUGAGGUCGAGAUAAGCGGGUUCGAUUGUAUUGCAAUGUGGCUGGUAAACUCACUAUGUAUAAUCAAGGAAUUGAUCAAUGAAGAAAAGAUAUUGAUGUGUUCAAUUUGUGGUUUGAGGAGAAGUAUAUAAAAUGGCUCAUUUUUAAGUAGGAGCUAUCUACCAUUAUCUUAAAUAGUCAUUCUCGUCUAUUGUUUCACAGAUGAUUAUUCUCAAAUGUUACAAAGCAUGAGUCUCAAUUACAGAACCAAAACACAGUGAUCGACUGGUUUACUUUUAUUUAAGAGGAUUAAGAGGUUUAUGAGGUUUAUCUUAACCAUCAUGCCAUUCAGAUUGGGGACUUUGACAAUAAUGGGGGAGCCUAUGGUUGUUGAGGUUGAAGAAUCCAAAUAUUUUCACUGAAAAUACCACAGAGGAGCGUGGCGCCACUUGGUUUUGGUGGGAUAGAAAGGUCCAAUAGAAAAUGCUUCCUAGUGGAAGUUCCAGACAGAACAGCUAGAACCCUGGACAACAAUUUAGAAUAUGUGAGACCUAAAUAUUUAAAAUUGUGAAUCCACCACUGGUUUAGAAAGAAAUAUCGGACUCGUAGAAAUAAAUAAAGUUAUAAAAUAAAUACAAUAACAUUUAUUUAAAUCUAGAUAAAUCCAAUGGGGAAAUUUUUAUAACAUAUCAAUCAAGAUAGAAGAGCUCUCCUUGGUUUACCACAAUGAUGUCGUGAAUGACAAAAGAUUCAUGAAAAUGUACUUUUUUUGAUCUCAUACAAUUUGUUAAAUUGUUGUUAUAUUUGAAAAAAAGAUGGUAUUGUAAUUUAAAAAUACUUUUAAUUAAGUUCCAUUAGGUUAUAAUGAAGUUUUUAUUUAUUUCACUAGAAAUAAUUAAUCGCGCUGGGAAGAGACUGUUGAUCUUGCUAAUAUGUGUUUUUUGUUUUGAAAGUCUGAUGAAUUUGGAUACUGUUUCAGUCAAAGGACUUAAAUGAUUUUAUUAUAAAUAAUGGUAAAAUAAUAAUCAUUUAAAAACUGUGAAACACAAAUUAAAAUAUGAAGUAAAAAAUGUGUAUGUCUUGCCCACUUAAAACUAAUGGAGUCUAAAUUUCUUAGUUGAUAUUUUUUAUUUAAUGAGAAAAUUUAAGAAAUGAAAGGUCUUCCAGGGACUUAAAAAAAGCUUAAUGUUAUAGAAUUAAAUGAAAAAUGUAGAAAAUAAAGUGGAAAAUGUUAAUUGUUAAAUGGUUUUCUUUUUAAAAGUAUUUCUUUUGUACAAAAAAUAUUUUUCUCAUUAUAGUUAGCAGCUCAGUAUGAAGAAGAAAAAUUAAGUCGAUUGAAAGAGGAAAAAGAAAAUCGACUUCGAAAUUUUCAGCAAGAAGUAAAAAAACGUCUCUGUGUAGCAAAUCGUCUCAGACGACAGCAACAGAUUCAAGAAGCUGAGCAGGCUGUAGGUUUAUCCAAUUUAUUCAUCCAUAGUUCCAUAAUAAAUUGUAAUAUUUGAGCUCGUUUAUGCAUUUUUAUUAUCUUAAAAGUUCAAAAUCUUUAUAAAAUCAAAUAGCUUUUUUACUUUCUUUGAACUUGAAAUGAUUUUUUUCCCCAUCAGUUUGAUUUAGAACGUAAAGUUGUACAGCAGUCUUGCUUGACAGCAGACAGCAGCAGAAGAGACACCAGUAUCCAAAGACAGGACUUGGAUGCAGCUAUAAGCAAGAGACUCUUAGAAAGAUAUGGAGGUAUAAUAAUAUCAAUUAAAUAAAAUAUUAUCCUGAAUAUAAACUCUCUUUGUACCGGUAGCUAAAGGAACUAUUUUCUAUGUGGAAAUGCUUUGUCUACUUAUGGCUCUAUUCAACACACUUGAAUGUCAGUUACAAAACUUCAUAUGACUGUCAAUUAUGUUUAUUUACAGAAGAUGUGACAUCAUGGGAUAGAAAAAUUACUCACAAUUUGAAGAGACAAACAGAAGAGGUACAAAUCUCAACAAAAUACAGUUAAAUUCCUCAGAUAUUUAAUUCCUCAGAUAUUUAAUUCCUCAGAUAUUAGACAUUUUAAACAAGAAAAUCCUUACUCAGUAUUUCAUUUUUAAAAUACCUUUUAUUAUCAGAAAAUGAAUGUUAUUUUAUCAAUGUUCAACAGCUCUAUUCACCCUUUAUUCAUUUAUAAUAUGUGAUAUUUUAAGAUGUCUAAACUCAUCCUUCCAAUGUUUGCAUGACAGAGUCACCAAGUGACUGAUAAAGCUCGCCAACAACUCAUUUCAAAGAAAAUCACACAUCAAUCAGAUGAUCAACAAGACCCAAGCAUAAGCCGAAAAGUGAAGGUAAUUUAAAUUGCACACCUGCCAUCACUGAUCUGUCACAGCUUCAAAAUUUUCCCCGACUUGGUUCCAUUAUAUGAUGAAAGGUAUUCAGUAGUUUUAGCCAUUCCAGAAUUGUAAAGUCCUUAGCUUUUCUAUAGCCUUCAGAAAGGGGGUUUAUCCCAAAAAGGAGUAAGAUAUUACUGAGGAGUUUUUCCUACACUUGUAAUUAGGGGGUCGCAAACCAGGAUCCCGACUCUCAAAAAUACGAGGAUACUGGACUAUUAUGGAUGCAUGAAAAUACCGGGAUCUGAUUUAUGAAAACCAGGAUUUUCGAAAUUUCUGGUAUUUCUUUAAUAAAUUUUUUUUUAUUUUUCUUAAUUUCCAUGUUGUAGCUAAAACAAGACAAAUCAAUAAUUUAUGUGAUGUGUGUGGUGUGACUUACGUUGUCUAGAGAUCGUUCCCCUGCGUACUAGCCACAGAACAAUUUUUCAAGGGUCUAGAACCCCUUUAUUUCUAGCUCCUACAGAGCUGACUCUUGGUCCAAGUAUAAAACAAACAAUGCAGAGAUUCAGGUCUUUCUUAUUUAUUGGCUAAGUGUGCCUAACAAUGGAAAACUUUAUAAGAAAUAAGUUCUGGUGUUCAGAACAAAACGUGUUCAGAAACCAAACUCCACAUACAAAACAAAGUUACACAAGUCUUCUUCCAUCCGUAGAAAAACUCCACAUACCAUACACAACAAAGUUACACAAGUCUUCUUCCAUCCGUAGAAAAACUCACUGCCUUCACAAGACAAAAAUCAUACACCAUAUCCACAGCAUUCGCCACUGUUCACUCGUUAAAAACUCUUCUCACACACUCUUAUCCUCACGUGGUUCCUCCCNAAAAAACUCGUGGGAAAAGAAACUCACCCACGAUUGGUCAAAUUAACAUUAUAAAAGUUGACACAGUAAAACUCACGCGAUCUGACCGUGUCACGCGCCCCCCCCCCCCCCACGAGUGACGUUUGGUGAAACCCAAUGUUGCGAGUUUCCAAAAAACAGCGGUCAGUUCGCGUGCAUAUUCUGGUAAACUGACAUCAAUAUUUAUAGCAUAAAACAUAUUGAUAUUUUAGUAAAUUUUCUCAUGAAAGGUCUAUCUUAAAACACUGCGCUAUCAACCGCUAUUAAUCAUACUUUGAAAGUCACUACUAUUGUUAUGGCAAUGCAUUGUAGAAUUAAGACAUCUCUAAUGAAACAUACAUGGUAAUAGAUAAAAUAAUUACAAUUCUUUAUCAGCUCAAUAUUUUUUUACAAUCAAAUUGAGCAUUUAUUUUAAUACCUUGUCACAAAUAUUUAAAUAUUUACAGCACAUGAUUUCGAAAAAUCUUAAUUCAAAAAUGAAAAAGUGAAGAAAAACAAAUGUCAACAUCUGAGCAUGUGUGGACAGCCAUGAAUUGUCCCUUCAAAGUUUUACAUACAAGAAGGUGGAAUGUUUCGCUUAUCCCCUUGUCUUAAAAAAUCAGUGAGGUUAUUUGAUCCGCCCAACUCACCCCUCUCUCUUCUCGUGUUUGACCUGCACGGUCUAGUAGGCACGAAAUCCCCCAACAAGUCUUUUAUACCCCAAGACCGUUUUGCUUCCCCCCAAGCUGUCCCUUCUCUUUUGUAGCAAAUACCAUCAUUGUUGAAAAGCAAAACAGGUGUUACAUUGUUAGACGUGUCAAAUUUAUUCAAAUUUUCCCAUCGUCUCUAGAUGCAAACACUUCACAGUCUCUGUGAAAUGUGACAUGUUAAAAAAUAACUGAGUUAAACUCCGGAGCAGUCAAAAAAAGCGAUCUCCCCUCCUCCUCAAAACAUAACACACAUGAGCUUGACUCAGGAGUGUCGGUGAACUCUGACAAAAUCUAGUGGGCGCUGCCCUGGUCAGGGUUACGUUUCCACUUCAUGGUACUCGCGACUUGACCCAUUUUUAAUUUUGCCACCUCGCUUGCAUGGAAGCAGAAGGUGAUAAAUCCAUCAACACCCGUAGGUGUGUUAUUAGAACAUCAGUUUCUUCAUAACCCACAGCAAGCCUAUACUAAUCGGCUCAGAACGUCAGCUAAUACAUUUUCAGACCCCGGAAUCGGUCUGAUUGUGAAAUUGUAUUCCUGCAAUGUUAAAGCCCAUCUCACAACCCGGUUAUUUAUGGACUUUGAUGUUUGUAGAACCGUUAACGGUUUGUGGUCAGUCUCAAUUGUGAAGUGACAACCAUAAAGGUAUCUCGAAAACUUUGUGAUUGUCCAGAUGACCCUCAAACAUUCCUUCUCUAUCACCGAAUAUCGUGUCUCGCGAGGCAGCAGUUUCCUACUCGCAUAAGCUAUGGGGUGAAGUAGACCAUGCCGUUCUUGCAUUAAGCGACCACCUAUAGCGGUAUCGCUUGCAUCCGUUCGGAUCACAAACUCACUAUCUAGGUCUGGGAGAAUAGGAAGUGGCUGUGUAGAUAAAGCACGUUGGAGUUUAUCUAAAGCCUCGACGCACUCAUUUGUCCACAGAACUUUCUCCGGUUUUCCUUUUUUGUUAGGUCUGAAAAUAUGCCUGAAAUACCUGCGAAAUCAGGUAUAAAUUUUAUGUAGUACCCGAUAAGCCCCAGCAAGCUUCUUACUUGUCUUUUGGUAUGCGGCGGUUUGAUGUUUAUGAUCUUAUUGAUAACACCUUGUUUUGGUUUUGUACCCUGUCCAACUAUGUGGCCUAGAAACUCGAUUUCUGUGAAGCCGAUUUCCAUUUUUGUGGGUCGAGCUGUCAGACCUGCGUUUUCCAGUCUAUUCAGUACCUGCUCCAGGGCCUUGUUAUGUUCUUUUAUAGAACUGCCGAAGACGCAAAUGUCAUCAAAAAAACUGACAGCGUUUUUUUGCCCAUCAAGAACCCGGCGCAUGCAGCGUGCAAACGUGGCCGGUGCAUUGCAUAGCCCGAAAGGCAUGUAUCUAAAUUGGUAUAAACCUAAGUCGGUUUGAAACGCUGUAUACUUUCUAGAGUUCUUGUCAACCGGUAUUUGCCAGUAACCUUUAACCAAGUCAAUUUUUGAAAAAUAUUUUGCGUUUCUGAGUUGAAGAAAUAAGUCUUCCUGAUUAGGAAUCGGUUCUGUGUCCGACAUGGUUAUUGCAUUUAAUUUUCUAUAGUCGAUGCAGAACCGAGUGGAUCCAUCUUUUUUCUUUACUAACACAAUUGGUGCGGAAUAAGGAGAGGAUGACUUUUCUAUAAUGCCUUCUUUUUCCAUCUGACAAACUUCCUUAAUGGUUGUCUCUUUGGAAGAAAAUGGUAUGUGGUAUGGUCUCAGACAGAUGGGUUUGUUAGUAGUUACUUCAAUGGAAUGAGUAACUAGUGAUGUCUUUCCUGGUAUAUUUGUAACUGUGUUGGUGUAUUUAUGUAAUAUAUCCUCAAUUAUUUGUCUUUCGUACUGAUUGAGAUCUGGAUUGAUCCUUACAUCUUUAAUGGUUUCAGUUAUCUCUAGGGUUUGGAUAGUGACUGUAUCUAUACCCCUAGCGUCCUCGUCCUCCUCCUUAUCCUCUAUUACUACUACGUAUGCUGCUACUGAUUCCUUAUUUUUACUCAUCUUGUUAAUGUUCCUGAUGACGCUCUGUUUAUUUGGUUUCUUACUUGUUUCUUGACUUUGUUCCUGGUCCCUUCCUGUCCCUUAGCAUUGAAAGCUAAGCAUGACACACCUGAUGGUCCCUGUGUGUCAGACCCCCGUGCGUCCGUGCGUGUCAGGACUUUAGUAGGAUGUGCAGCCAUGUAAUUGUCCCCGGUCACAAUGACGGCAUCAAGAGUCAUGUUGUUCGUUUCCACUAUGUCUUCGACUAUGUCUUCAUUUACAGUCUGUAGUAUUUUGUCCACCACUGUUAGUGCGAACAGAUUUUCAUAGGUCUUCUCCGACUUGGAUAACUCAACCCACCUGGCUAGGUAAUGGCUGAUCCUGUUCGUAUAUGUCAUCAGGCCCUUGUCUUUGUCCGGUGUCAUCCUUGCCAGUUUAUCUCUGUAGCCCUGAGCUGUAAGACUAAACUGUUUUGAGAGUGCUGUUUUUACCUCAUCAUACGUCCGGUGUCAUCCUUGCCAGUUUAUCUCAUAGCCCUGAGCUGUAAGCCUAAACUGUUUUGAGAGUGCUGUUUUUACCUCAUCAUACGUCCGGUGUCAUCCUUGCCAGUUUAUCUCUGUAGCCCUGAGCUGUAAGCCUAAACUGUUUUGAGAGUGCUGUUUUUACCUCAUCAUACGUGGCCUCCGUUCCUGUCACAUACCCUGCGAAACAAACUGGGAGUAGUUCGGGUGGCAUUAAUUUUCUUAGUUCAUUAUUCCAACUCCCGAUUGGCCAUUUGUUCUGUCUUGCUUCAUCCUCAAACCGUAUGAGGAAGAAGUCCAAAUGGUCAGCACGCCCGUCGAACAUUGGUAUUUUGUUUUUAGAACGACCUGUGUCGGUUGAUUGUUCUCUAUCCUUGUUUAAUCCUUUCCCCUUUUCUAACUCAGCCAUUUUCAUUUCAUGUUCUUGUAUUCUUUUUUUUUUCUUCCCGCUCAUAUGCACGAAUGGCCCUUUCCUCAUCGCGAAUGGCUCUUUCCCGUCUUGUUAUCCAUUCUUUCGCUUCCUCCCCUUCUAAUCCCAAAUUUAUUGCCAUUUGUUUAAUUUCGGCAAUAGUAGGUAACAACAUUUUUAUCUCUAAGUCUUAUGUCAAUAUAUAUGUUUACAAAAAAUUUACAAAUAGAAAAUGGAUCAAAUGAAAUGAGUAAUAAAACAAUAGAAAUUGCAAAUCUAAUAGCUAAAUAAUUUACUUAAAAUAAUUAAUUGUGAUGGUUCUCUUGAUGGGUGGUACUGGGAUUUCGGACGUAUUGAGAAGUAUAAUCCAUGUGUUCAUGUGUAUUCUCGUAGGUAGAUAGGGUUGGAAUGUCUGGUGUCUCCAAUAAUCCAAUGUGACUAAAAGUUAGGGUUGGUAUAGCUGUAUGGUUGGUUUGCACGACUUUCCUCUGGACUGGUAUGGCCGUGAUGACUGUUUUGACGAGCUGGUGUGGCUGGUUGGUCAGGCCCCCUCUGUGAUGAAUGGUAGGCUGGUAGGGUUCUUUGGACGAUAUGAUGUUGCUUUAACGGCCUCCACUGUGGUGUAUGGUCUGCUAUGGUUUGUUUGGACUUAGCUGAAUUGUUGAACCACAUAUCAAAUGUUGAGCUGGCAUGGUUGGAUCGUGCUCCCACGGUGGCUAAUUGCAGGCUUAGAUGGCUGGUCCACUGUAGUGGAUGGCAAGGGUUGAUAUGGCUGAAUCGAACAGCCUACCCUGUGGCUGAAGGUAGGCUUGGAUGGUUGCCUUGAUGUGCCGCAACGACGGCGAAUGGUAGGUUUAGAUGGUUACUCCACUGUGAUGGAUGAUUAUGGUUGAAAUGGCUGCUUCGACAGCCUUCCCUGUGGCUGGUGGUGGGCUGGGAUUGUUGCUUUGAUGUGCCUCAACGAUGGCGAAUGGUAGACUUGGAUGGUUGCUCCACUGUGGUGGAUGGUAGACUUGGAUGAUUGCUUUGAUGUGCCGCGACGAUAGCGAAUGAUAGAUUUGUAUGGUUAAUCCACUGUGGAUGGUUAUGGUUGCUAUGGCUGCUUCGACGGGCCCCCACUGUGGUGUGACGUACGUUGUCUAGAGAUCGGUCCCCUGCGUACUAGCCACAGAACAAUUUUUCAAGGGUCUAGAACCCCUUUAUUUCUAGCUCCUACAGAGCUGACUCUUGGUCCAAGUAUAAAACAAACAAUGCAGAGAUUCAGGUCUUUCUUAUUUAUUGGCUAAGUGUGCCUAACAAUGGAAAACUUUAUAAGAAAUAAGAUCUGGUGUUCAGAACAAAACGUGUUCAGAAACCAAACUCCACAUACCAUACACAACAAAGUUACACAAGUCUUCUUCCAUCCGUAGAAAAACUCCACAUACCAUACACAACAAAGUUACACAAGUCUUCUUCCAUCCGUAGAAAAACUCCACAUACCAUACACAACAAAGUUACACAAGUCCUCUUCCAUCCGUAGAAAAACUCACUGCCUUCACAAGACAAAAAUCAUACACCAUAUCCACAGCAUUCGCCACUGUUCACUCGUUAAAAACUCUUCUCACACACUCUUAUCCUCACGUGGUUCCUCCCGACACAGCACACCGGUCAUACCUGACCGAGAAAAAUAAAAACUGGUGGGGCACACGGGGAAAAGAAACUCACCCACGAUUGGUCAAAAUAACAUUAUAAAAGUUGACACAGAAAAACUCACGCGAUCUGACCGUGACAAUGUGCAAACCCCUGACACCACAUGUCUGAAAGAGAGGUUACCCACGGAAUAGAUCUGUGUACUGUGAUUCAUUUGUAAAGAAGCAUAGUGUUGUGAUUAGUUUUGUUUUUACAUCGUGAGUAGUUUUAAGUGGAGGCGUGAGUUGUGAAAUGAAGGUACAUGAUUGGUAAGUGAAUGUUUUCAUAUUAUUGACAAAUUAAGUAAUUGGUAUAGUCCAAUGAUUCGCAAGGAACCACAAGAGGAAUCCUGGACAUUAACAUCCGAUCUUGAAAGGAAAAUAAAGGCGAUAGAGAUGAGAUGCUUCAGAAGCAUUUUUGACAUCUGUUAUAGGGACCAUAUCUCCAAUGAUACAGUGAAAGAAAGGGUUCGUCAGGCAAUUGGGGAGUACGAUGACCUACUGGUGACUGUGAAAAAACACAAAUUACAAUGGUACGGCCACGUAACAAGGAAACAAGGGCUUGCCAAAGAAAUAUUGCUGGGCACCACAAGAGGAGGGAGAAGAAGAGGAAGUCAAAGAAAAAGAAAAAGGUGGGAGGAUAACAUCAAAGAGUGGACAAGACUAACACUGGGCGAUGCAGUGCAUAGUGCUGAAGACAGAUAGGAAUUGAGGAGGAUGGUUCACAUGUCAUCUGUGGCGCCCAACGGUCCAAAGGCUAAUGAACGCAUCAACCUGAUUUUGGUGCUGGGGGACUAUAUUUUUGUCGUUUCAUAUUUUCUUGAGCCUCUUUAGUGCUGUUGUCGCCUGGGCAAUCCUGGACAUCAGUUUGGGCUUGGAGCCUUCUCCUGAGACUAUUGCUCCUAGGUAUUUGAAGCUGCCUACAGUCUCUAAGUUUUUCCUCCCGACCUUAAUUUCAGUGGCGAUGCAGGUGGUGUUAUUUGUCAUCAGUUCUGUCUUUUCGGCACAGAUUUGCAUGCUAUAGGACGAUGAAAUCUUGUCGAGACGCUUUACUAGGUUGGCUAGCUCUUUUUUGUUCCCAGCCAGUCCAUCUAUGUCAUCUGCAAAGCGUAGGUUGGUGAUUGUUCUGCCACCAAUGCUGACUGUCCCUUCAUGCGCUUCCAGAGCAUCUGACAUAGAUCUCUCUAGGAAGAGGGUGGGGGAGAGCAAGCAGCCUUGUCGUAAUCCAACCGUGGUCUUGAACCAUUCUACAAUGUUGUUAUUGAAGACUGCACUGGUGGCCUUAUCAUAGAGGUUGCAUAUCAUUCUUGUUAGGUUUAUUUUGAUGUUGUAGUGCCUCAUGUUGGCCAAUAAAGCAGCAUGCCAAACCCUGUCGAAUGCUUUCUUGCAAUCCACAAAGACGUGGUAUAGGUUUUUUUGGUGUUGGUGCUAUGAAAAAUCUCUCAGCUAAAUGCAUGAGAUUUUACAAAUUAUGUAAAACAUUGGGGGCACAACUUUCCACUGUCUUGAAAGAUAUUGCUGUUUCAGGUACCGGAACUCCAAGAGCAUUGGUUUCUAUGGCAUCUUGUUCUAAAACUUUCGCUGACACAGAAGAGGAAACACCAAGGAAAAAAGCAAAUUAACAGACUAUUUUUCAAGUUCAAACAGCUUAGCAGAAACAGUUUCUCUUAAUCCUAUGACAGCUUCAAAUUGUCUUCCAUUAAGUUUUUUCAUUUCUUCUGAUAUUCGUUUGAUUAAUGUCUGAAGUUAGACAUUUGUGUUACUGUUAAAAGCAUAUUAAAAAUCAAAAUGUGAUUUCUUUUCUCAAUGUUUUUAUUUCAUUGAUACAUCGUCACCUCUAAUCUCGAAAAAAAAUUCUCUAAAUAUUGAAAAUAUCGGGAUUGCAGUAUUGUUAAAACUUCAACUUCGAAAAUAUCAAUUUUGGUAAAAGGGACCAGUAUUAUGAUCCCUACUUGUAAUGUGAGACUGAAAUGACAAAAUUAAUUUUUUAUUUUUUACACAUAUGUGCUCUUAAUUGUGUUUUGAACUCCAGCUCAUAAUAUUCAUAGCUAAUGCAUAAAAAGAGGGACAAUUUUCAUCCAAUAUCGAUGUUAACCCUUUCCGCUCCAACUGGGUGUAAUACACCCGGAGACAGACUUAAAUUGCUGAUAUCUCGAGUCUCCUUUUAAUAAUCUUUCUCAUACUCUACCUAAGCCACAAGUUAGUUGGAAUGAACACCUUGGUGAAUGCAAUUGUAUAAUGCAUGUGAAAGUGACUUAUUUUUGGGGCCUAAACCUUUUUUCUACACUCCCUAGCAAUUGGAUGUAAUACAUCCGUACAUAAUUAAGAAAAAAAACAUCUAAACUGGCUUGUGAACAUUUUUGUUUGGUUGUUGUUUGUUGAUUAUUUGAGUCUGUAAUCCAUGCCAUAAAAGAGAUUUUAAAUUUUGACCAUAAAUAAAUAUUCUGAAUGGAUUUUGGUACCGGGGUACCAACAAUAAUAACAUUUAAUUUAUUCACCUUGAAAAAUCAUUUCAAAGCAAAAGAGUCACACAUACACAGGGAAAAUAGGGCUUUGCAGCUUAGCUUGCACAGUUUUUACAUAAAAGAUUAGAACAGAAUGUUCUUUGCUAAUAUGUCUAAUAAACUUCUCAAGUUAAAGUUGUUUGGGCAGCUGUUUAAAGUGUUUGCAAAGAUUUCAAAACACUGGCGAAGUUCUGCAUCACAAUGUCUUGGUGUGUCUGGACGGAUCGUCUCUACUUGAGGAGGGGUGAGGAAAUUUGCAAUUUCAAUAUUGACUAUUUGUUGUCUUUCAGAGACAGUGAGUUAGUCGGAUAUUUAUAUUUAAAUGCCACUCUUUCUACAAUUGAUGCCAAGUUAACAAUGUUGAAAAACACACCCAAAGGCCAUCUUUUACUUUUAGUUUUUUUUUUAUUAACAGAGAUCACCUUCGCUAUUUGGUCAAUGACGAAUAUGCCUCCUUUGAUUUUGUUGGUAUAGAGCACAAUCUCUGGUUUCUUGCAUUCAGUUUCACUUUCUAUAUCUGGAAGAUUGUGCAUUGUGUUCAGGAGCAUAACAUUUUUCUGCUUUGAGCUCUGGUAUCUGGCAAGGUCAUUUCUAAUCUGAACAAAACCACUGAUUUGUUGAGGGGCAGAUCAUUCUUUUGCUUCAACCCCUUGGGUAGGAACAUCUUGUUCGUUUCACUGUUCCAUCUAGGGUUAGUCGGUUCUUGGCCAUUGGUUCUGCAAGUUGUAAGGAAAUGAAAUAAUAGUCUGUUCUGAAAUUGCGGCCACUUCCAUGGAAGUCUGUUGUGAGAAAAAUCACAGUCUCUGGGGGAUAUUCGAACUUUCUCUUUGCUGGCAGGGCACUUGCAUUUUCUUUGACGAGACAUGGGUAGCCUCUAAGAGGAUAGUUCGAAGACGAUAUACAGGCUCAGAAGAUUUUUCUCCAUUUUUGUCGGGCUUGCUUGGCAUAUAUUGAAUAAAUCUGCACCGACCUCUGAAACCAACCAGUUGCUCACCUAUUAUUCUCUCCAAGAAAAAAGCACCUUGCCAAAUUACUCAGGAAUGCUUCUUAUGCAUCUCUUAUGGGAGCAAAGAUGUCACGAGCCAGAAAUGAUUUAUCUAGUAUCCUUGUUGUCAAAGCUAGUAUGAAUCAGAAGUUUGCUGAAUCUCUUCAUUGAAAGUACUGCCCUAAAAAGAGGGUUUCCCAUCAACAGGACUGAAUAAAAAUUCCACUGAAAUGCUGUUGAGGAGAAGGGUGUGUAGUAGGCAGCCAAUGAAAGCUUUAGUUUAGAUCGCAUCAGUCCCUUGCCAUUUGUUUCUUUUACUUUCUCGCCUCGGUGCAGUUAGCUUUUGUUUGUAUCAUUUUUUAUUAAUGUACAAAACAAAUGCUUCAGUGGGAGAAACAACGUGAUCAGUGAAGGGAGUUUGGUUACAAGGCAACUAAAUCAUGCCACAUUGUAAAAAAUAAAAUCGCAUAAAGAGAUAAUAAGGGGAGAGACUUCAAUCAGGUUAGCAAAAUAGGAAAUGAGUAAAAGAAUUUUAUUCUGUUUUUUCUGUUGUUUGUUCGCUGAAUGGAGGCUUCCUUUUUUUCAGGUUUGAUCUUACUUUGUUUUACUCAUUUCCUAACUUAAAGAGAGCCAUUUACUGUGAUACAAGACUGGAUGUAACCCAUCCAGUUGCCAGGAAUCGCCAGAAACCCAUUUUCCCAUUAUAAUAAGUGUACAGGUGUGCUACACCCAGUCGCGACAGAGUAUACAAUAUGUUGAGGCAGAAAGGGUUAAUUAUUUUUAUAAUUAUUUUUGUUGGUUCAGAAUUAGAGUAGACAUAAUGUAUUGCUUUAGUAGAAAAAUAUAUUUGGUCUCCUCUAAUUGAUGGUUAGGCUGCUUAAAUGUAAGAUUUAAAAAAUAAUUUAGAAAAUUAAAAUUGCCUUUCAGUUUCAGGCUGUUUUUUGUUAUUCCUCUUCAGGAUCCCAGUGUUUAUAAUGUGGUCAGUGUGCCUGUUGGUCAGACAACCAAGACAUUUUCCAACAAUAAUGAAAGUGGUGAUCAAGAUGAAGUGAUAGAAGGUACAAAGAAGCACAUGUUAUUGAUAUUAUAAAAAAUGAAGUUGCAGUUUUCUUGGUAAUCACCUUAAUCUUACUUUCUCCCUAAUGACAAGCCCCACCAGGUUAGCUCCAAUAUUGGUCUCUCAAUGGUUUCAUGUUUUGAUACAGUCACAAUUUUGUGGAUUAAAUCUUUUUUCAAAUGCAGAUGUGGGAGCUAUUAGUAUUCAUGCCAAAACAAGUGUAGAAGAAGAGAAUUACUGUGAAGAUAACAGCAAUGAAGCUGACACAAAGCAGGGAAGAGUAUGUUUUACAGAUAUCAAAUCAGUGGUUCAAAGGAGGAGGAAAGGAUCUGGUAAAGAUGAUUCAAUAUCUUGUAUGCAUGUAUUUUGUAUUAGUUCCUUUUUAAAAACAAUUGGCAGACUGGAGACAACAAUAACUUAAUAACAAUAAAAAGAAUCAGUUGAUUUUUAGGAAUGAAUUUUUUUUGUUUUAAAUUAGCUCUCGGGUAUUGCUUUUGUGAUACUCUUGUUUAAUUUCCAUUACGAUGCAUACAUUUUUAAUUCUUCCUCCAGUUAGUUUCCUUUUUAUCUAAGAGAACUCUUAGGCUUGCACACAUACAAAAAGAUUUCUCAUAUAAUUAAAAAUAACUUAUUAUUUGUGGACUUGUUUUAUUUUAAUGAAUUUUAUUUUUGAUGAAGGUGAUGGUAACUCUGGAAGACCUUCUUCAGCUAGACUAAAUGCUAUUUUGAACAAUGAUGUAGAAUGUGGAAUUCUUGCCAGACAGCGCAAACAGCAGGCGGCAUUGUCUAGGAGAAUUUUCAUGGAUAGAGAAAGAGAGGCGGUGCGAGAAAACAUACGAAGAGAAAAGCACAGAAAGAAGAUAAUAAGGUUAGGACACUAAUUUCAAGAUAGUUUAUAGUGAAUUCAGUGAAUCUUAAAAAUGUAAUGUCCAGGGAAGUUGAUCGUGAAAAAUGAAAGAAGUAAUUCAUAUAUUAAAAUUUUGAUUAUUCUUCUACAGAUACAAAAAUUAUUGCUUUUUAUCAAAAUUAAUGUCCUUAUACUUCAAGAAAGUACUGAUUAAAAUUGUUUUAUCAUUAAGCACGAAUUUAAUUUUUCUGUAUACAUUAUUAAGAAUUUUGAAUUAUAAUUUUUGUAUUGUGACAUUGACAACUUUCAUAGAACUAUAUUUUAUGAACACAUUUUGGACUAUGAUGGUUGAAGCUGGUGAAAAUAAAAUUAUAUAGCUUUCAGAUCGAUUCUUAAUGAAGCUUAACUCUACAAUAGAUCCAAAUUUAACAGGAAGAUCCAAAUUAUUUAACUUUCAUCUGGAUAUCUUGUUAUCAUUAUUAAAUGCACAUGAGGUCAUAGGCCAAAUUGUUAUUUCUGCUAGAAUCUUUUAAAAUAUAUUUUUUAUUAAUUAGUUAAUACUGCUGGUAAACUAAAUAUAUACUUUAAAUAAAGGCUUGACUAGACAACUUACACAUGAACAUUUUUAAUUUAGCUUGAAGAAAGAAAAAGAGGAAUACCGUCAAGAGUUGGAGGAGCUAGCUCAUCUUAAGUCCGGGGAAAUAACUGAUAACACUGAAAGGGACACAGCAGAAGAGAUAAAGCUGAGAGAAGAAUUGGAAGAGCUUCAUAUACAUGAGAUGGUGGAAAGGAGGAAAGAGGAACUGAGGAGAGCAAGGGAAAUGGAGAGGUAAAUUUGACAAACGGUAUAAAUUUGACAAACGUUAUAAAAAAAUUCCGGAGCGAAAGAGCGAACUAGUGGAUUUUGGUUUUUGAAAAGUAUUUCUUGUUCUUGUUUUGUAUUGCCUUCUGAAGGCAUCUAGCCAAAAUUUAAGUUUAAUAGUUGUGUCUUUACUUUACAUAUCUUUUUACACUAUUUAUUUACUUCACACAGCUUGAAAUGCAGUCCCUAUUAUAUUAUCCUGUAUUUCCCAAAUCUUUUGGAAUUAAAAAAAAAAACAAAAAAAACAUUCAGUAAUAAAAGCUAAUGUGAAUAAAUUUAAACUAAACUAAAAUACGGCUAGGUACAACAACCCUUUAUUCUUACUAUGGAAACGUGAUUUUAACAUUUUAAGACCCAAAAGAGAGCUAAAAAUCCCCAAACUGUAUCUGCAGCUUGCUCUCCCUUCGCCAGGAACAAAUAAUGUUUGAUUCUUAUGACACUCUGGCAGACGUGUGGCUGCAUUAUCACCUUCCUUGUUUCUGAUCGGAUUACUAGAUACUGUUACUUAUCAGCCGAUGAAUUUAAUUGUUUUCCCCAGAUAUCUUGAUGCAUUGAAACAUAGCUUGUUAGAAAAAGUCAAGCGUCAGAACCUCCAACUUCCUGCCUUGUGCGCGUGCGGAGACACAGUUUGGGACACCCACCCUGACACCUGUGCCAACAACUGUUUCUUUUAUAAAAACCAGAGAGGUGAGUUCCUAUAAUUACUGUGCCACUAGUGCUUUAAGAGACUUUAGUAAAUUUACAGACCUGCCGACCUGCAAAAAUCUGUAGAUGGGGUGCUAUUGCAUUGGGGGGGGGGCAGAGGAGGGGGAGUUGGUUUCAGAUCUCCAUACUGAUGCACAAGCCUUUUUUUUUAGUAAAUAAAGAAAUGUAAAGUUAGCUCCCUUGUCUUUGAAGAGUCCACAGAACAUGAGAAAAACAUUACUGGAAAUGUUGUUUCUAUACAGAUCUAUACAGAACAGAAGAUCCAUUUAUUAACAUAUGUACACAGGCUGCUAAGACUAAGAGUAAGAGUUCAGUUUUCAAGCAUAUCCCUAGUGGCAGUGGACUUUUUGCACUUGUCCAACUGCUCUUUGUACAACUGAAGGUUAGCAUUGCAACUGAUUUUAGUUCCAAGCAAGUUAGAAAGAGUAUCAACUUUCAUGUUGCCCUUGUUAUUGUUUCAUUCAUUGUAAUUUCUUCACAAUCUUCUAGCAAUCUGUGAGUCUGGAAACAUUUCUUUAACUAUAGCAUUAUUUUAUUUGAAAAUCACACUUUAUCCCUAAAGGCUCGAAGCGCUGUACAUGGUCUAGUAUAUUAAAGAGAAGAAACAAUCUAUAAUAUACCACAUUGAAAUACAAAAUGCAACAUAGCAAAAACUAUAUACGAGAAAACCCAUUCUAAGUCUUUCAUCCCUAUCAACCAUAAACAACACAGGCCAAUACACAUCCACAAGAUAAUAGCUAGAUAGACAACAUCAUCCCAGCAGGUGUUUGCGAAAUAGAUAUGUCUUCAAAUCAGUUUUGAAAGACUCCAGUGACCGGCUGUUUCUGAGAGCGACAGGAAGGGUGUUCCAAAUUGUUGGGCCAGCUAAUGCAAAAGUACGCCCAUCCUAAGUCUCAAGGCGAACACGUGGUAUCGAGAGUUUGCCACUGUCAGAUGAGCGGAGUUGUCUAGUGGGUACAUAAGGCGUCAGCAGCUCUUUGAGAUAGGACGGUGCCAGGUCAUGCAAGCAGCGGUAGCACAGAGUUGCGAUUUUGUACUCUAUGCAAGCGCGAACCGGCAGCCAAUGCAACACUCUUAGAAGUGUUUUAGCAUGGUCGAAUUUGCGUUUGCGAAAAACAAUGCGAGCCGCAUUAUUCUGUGCUUUUUUAAUUUUAUCGAGGAGCGUAGCUGGAAGACCCACCAUAAGAGCAGUGCAGUAGUCUAUGCGUGAUAGCACGAAUGCAGACAUCAGCUUCUUUGAUGCAUCUAACAUUAUAACAUUGUCACUUUUUAACCAUUUGUUCAUUAUAUAUACCAGCAAUGGUUCUGGUAUUUCUUUUGUAGAAUUUAACAUAUUUCUUUUUCAUAUAAAUGUUGAAAUGAAGUACCAUAAACUCUGAUCGACUACUGCGGUCAUGCGACAAGGCUGAUGGACAAAUAUCCCUCGCAUAACAUCUUGCGCACUUUGUUACAUCGGUCAUGUGACUUGGUCGAAUAUAUAGCUGGCAUCCGUCUGUCACAAUGUGACGAUGGAGUGGGCUUCGGAGGAUGAAAUCCACAUGGCCUGGGAUUAUUCUUCAAGGAUUAUAAGCUGGUUCCCAACAGCAAAUCGCCUCUCUCCACGCCGCUGGAUAACCCAAGGUAACAUCAUUGGAUGAUACAGCUUGGCACCAGUGACGUCGCAGGAGUUGUCGGAAUGUUUCAUUGUAUCAAUGUUAUCCGCCUUUCGGGACUCCAUCUCCUGGUUUUGAUUUCAGAGUUUCCUUCUCUUAGAUGGGUUGCCUUCCAAGGUUAACGAGUCCCAUCUACCCGGGGUGCUGGUGGUGUUUUUGCUUGACUGGAAUUGAUCUCCAGACCACCAACUUGAGAUUUGCUCAGUUUAGACCACUCGGCCACCCAGCACCCUGGGUCCAACUUGAGAUUUGCUCAGUUUAGACCACUCGGCCACCCAGCACCCUGGGUCGAGUAUAUAAUAGCCAGACAAAUAUCUUGAGACCUUAUUUUAUAUUCUCUCGCUUCCUGUGUUCCCACUUCCGCGACAACAAUGGAUAUUUCUUGAGUUGCUCUGUUCAUUGUUAUAUUUUCAUUUCUACUGUUAGCCGAAGAAGGCUUUAUGCCGAAACGUCCUUAUUUUUUGUCCUGUUCUCUAAUUCAAGCUUCCACAUACCUCGUUUUGCUAAAGAACAGGAGCAGCAUCUUCGGCAAACAAUCACAUAAAUACCCUCUUUGAUGGUGAAGGUCCUCUUAAGGAAGCCAAUGUGUUUAGCUGCCAGAAAAAAUAGUGGCAAGUCUUGAGCAUGGGUUAGCCCAAAUGUGAAACGAGUCAGCUCGAAGGCGACUGUGAACCAGAAGGUCCCAUAAGUCUCAUAGAUUUUUAAUCCGCCUGAAUACAAUAAGUGGAGGGGGAUGAGAAUACCCUGCUAGUGUCGGGGUCAGCAAGAAGUAUAUGAUGAUUUUUCAAGAAUUUUUUUGUAGAAUCACAUUGUAGGCUGGUAGGUUAGAAUGAGUUAUGUUUGACCCUCAUUUUUUAGUUUAAAUGAGAUUUAAAAGCUUCACUACAUGUGAUUGCCCUGAUAUAUAUGGUCUGGUGUUGAAAUAAGGGCACUCUCGUGAUACGAUCUAGAGCGGAAAUAGUCCAUCAUUUCAUUUUAGGGCCUGAGUUUCCAUGUUUUGUUAUAAGAUGUUACUGGUGCAAUAUAGCACUAUAAAUGGCUCUAACUUAAAGAGAGUUAUGGUAACUUAUAGUUCAGGUUGUAUUUUUAUUUAUUUUUUUCCUUUCAAGAGUAAAAUAGUUAAAAAUGCAACAUUACUUUGGAAGAGGGUGUGAAACUUAGUCAAACUAUCAGUAGGGGGUAGGGUGUCCCAAAAAAAUGAAGUUUUGAAAUGUUGAUGUCUCACCCCACAGAAUAUGUCUGUAUGGUAACAGUAGUUAACCUGCAAAAUUUCAGCUCAUUUGGACAAUGUUUAGAGGUCCCCCAAGAGGUUUAAAGUUCCAGAUUUUGGUGUAAAAUCAUUCGCGGUCAAAUCUAAUACAGCGUUAAUGUUGCAUUAUAUGCGAAACUGAUAUAUUAAGUAACAAAUUGAUGCUUAGUAUUGUAUAAUAUUAAAUGAAACAAAAUAUAUAAAUCUUGAAUGGUUUAUAUUUUAAAAUUUGAAAUUUAAGUAAAAAAUUAUGAAAAACAAAGUUUUAUUCAUUUUGUCAAGUUAAUUCUUGAAAGAAUGUCAAUCUGCUUGAAAAAUAAUAAUAAGCAAUGCAAUUAAGCAUUCCUAUUAUUUAUCUUGUACUUUUUACUGUAGGGUAGACAAAAAUUUAAAAAAAGUGCUUCAAAUUUAAAUUUUAGCCAGCUGUUCACGAUUACACUCUGCAAAAUUUUUCCGAUGUUUGUCAACCACUUGGAGCAAAAAUUGUUUUUGUUCUUCGUCCUUGGUGAUACUAUCAUUGAAAUUUUGUAUCAAUGCUACACCUCGCUCUGCAGAGUCAUUGAUACAAGCCAGAUUCUUUACAAAAUCUGCUGCAACUUUAAAAGAUCUGACCAUGCUUCAACAGGAACAUCUAGAAAACUGGCAUCAAUGUUGGAUGUUUCAAAAAAUGUGGUAGAAGCACGCAAAUCAACAACACUUUUUGGUAGUGUUUUUAUGAGAUGCGGUCCACGUUUAUGGUAACAGUAGUUAACCUGCAAAAUUUCAGCUCAUUUGGACAAUGUUUAGAGGUCCCCCAAGAGGUUUAAAGUUCCAGAUUUUGGUGUAAAAUCAUUCGCGGUCAAAUCUAAUACAGCGUUAAUGUUGCAUUAUAUGCGAAACUGAUAUAUUAAGUAACAAAUUGAUGCUUAGUAUUGUAUAAUAUUAAAUGAAACAAAAUAUAUAAAUCUUGAAUGGUUUAUAUUUUAAAAUUUGAAAUUUAAGUAAAAAAUUAUGAAAAACAAAGUUUUAUUCAUUUUGUCAAGUUAAUUCUUGAAAGAAUGUCAAUCUGCUUGAAAAAUAAUAAUAAGCAAUGCAAUUAAGCAUUCCUAUUAUUUAUCUUGUACUUUUUACUGUAGGGUAGACAAAAAUUUAAAAAAAGUGCUUCAAAUUUAAAUUUUAGCCAGCUGUUCACGAUUACACUCUGCAAAAUUUUUCCGAUGUUUGUCAACCACUUGGAGCAAAAAUUGUUUUUGUUCUUCGUCCUUGGUGAUACUAUCAUUGAAAUUUUGUAUCAAUGCUACACCUCGCUCUGCAGAGUCAUUGAUACAAGCCAGAUUCUUUACAAAAUCUGCUGCAACUUUAAAAGAUCUGACCAUGCUUCAACAGGAACAUCUAGAAAACUGGCAUCAAUGUUGGAUGUUUCAAAAAAUGUGGUAGAAGCACGCAAAUCAACAACACUUUUUGGUAGUGUUUUUAUGAGAUGCGGUCCACGUUCUGAUUGCAUUGUCCGAACAAGGCCAGUUUUUUCUUUGUCCGACAAAGGGGUUGAAAAUAACACAAGCGUCGACAGUUCCGGACUCAAGUACCACGAGUGACGAACCAUCAUUUUCAAUCCAGUCGAUCGAAGAACAGCAUCAUCAUAUUCGUAUAAGCGCUGUAUCAACAAGUUAUCAUUCACAGGUGCAUCUGCGGUGAGCCUGCAUGAAAACCAUGAUUGAAGAUAAACACAUAUGGUAAACCGAUUAAAGCGCUGAAUACCUUGUAAUUCUCGAGCUGUUAACUGAAAGAUGGUUUCGUUGCCUGCAAACAAUAGUUCGAUUUUCAAUGCAUAGAUUGCUUUCGCCAUCCACCUUGCCCUAUGUAGGGCACCAGGUCUGCGAAUGCUGACAUCAACCUCCAACCCAACCAUUUGUGCAGCAAGCAGAAGAAAUUCCAAAUAAUCAUCACGUGAAUGACUGACCUCAAGUUGACAUUUGAUAAAUUCUUUAAUCGAAUCGGACACGAUUAUCAAAGGGGCGCAUCUGGCUUCGGGUGUGUGGUUUAAUUCUUGCCAUUUUUCUCGAAACCUCUUAAAAAACAAAAUCUCUGGUCCAGUGGAUGGUCCAAGACAAACAUUGAAUGCAUCGGAAAGGAGUACUUCCAACAUGUGAUGACGGCAUGCCAUCCAUAAUAGAUUACGUCCCAGGGCUACUUCUAACAGAGUGCAAGCUCCAUUGAGUCUUCCAGUAUUGGAAGCCGUAGUGUCGAAGCACAUGCCGAUGACCAUAGAUUCGCACUUCCACGAUUUGAUAUGUUCAUAUACUGCAUCAGCAGCUGCCCGUCCUGACCCGGAUGCUAACUUGGGAACACCAAGAAGCUUUGUAGUGCCAUCGACAAGUGAUGAGAGCAGGACAGGUAAUCGAUCGACGUUGUUGGUAACCUCUCCGGUAACAUCGGGCAAUAGCUUACCAUCCCAAUGAACAAUUGAUUUUGAGGGAAUAUAGUCUUCUUUUAUACGUGCUGCAGCUUGUUGACGACGAAGCUUGCGAUGACGAUGCAUUGUGCUCUUGGAAAAUACUGUGUCAGAUGUCGGAACACCAGCUUCGUUGAAUGCGGAUGCAAGUAUCAUUGUAGAUUUUCUAAUGCUGGUGUUCGUUCUGUCCAGCACUGCAGCAACUUUUGGUGAUAUGAUGCUUCGUCUGCGAUGUCGUGUUGCAGAAUUUGUUUUGCUUGAGGAUGCUGAUUGGAUGACAAAUUCUUCAUCAGGUUCUGCAUCGUCACUGGAAUCCCGACAAAUGGAUGGAUCAUAAUUGUUUCUAGCCUGACAAUUUAGCAUGCUUAGUUUAAAACAAUCAAAUCUUCAAAAAAUAUGCACAAGUUUUGCACAUUAGGUAUUUUAUAUGUUUUCUCGCAUUUAUUACAUUUUCUAAUUAAGAAUCACACAAUUUCAACUCUAGUUAAUGGUAGCAAUGAGGUAAAUAUAAGAAGUAUAUUUAAACUUCAUUUUAUUCAUAUAUGGCAUGCAAAAACUGCAAGUUAUUUGAGCCACGAUUCGUCUGGAUUUUUAUGUUGGCCUAAUACUGGAAUUUUAAAAGCUCUUGGGGGACCUCUAAAUGUUGUUCAAAUGAGCUACAACUUCACCAAUUCACUCAUUGUACCCAAGAGACACAUUUCAGGGGGUGAGACACCAAAGAUUUAAAAAAAAAUUUUUUCCGAGCAUUUCUGGGACGCCCUACAGGGGUGCCCUGAUUUAUAGUCUAAAUUUGGGUCGCAGUAGAAAUUUAUAAACCGGUAUUCUGACACUAUCGUUUUAAUUUUUGUUCACAAUCUGGUUGAAGUUAGUUUUUGAAAAUUUGAAUAUGGGUUGAAAAUGUUCUAAUUUUCUGUUUCCAGCUUAUGCUCGAGCUUUACAGUCCUUACUGACAUCUGCUGAGGUGAAGUGACCAUUGUUUUCAUAGAUAAUUCAUUUUGAGAAUCAGUGUUUUAUAUUUUCUAUUCUAUCAGAUUAAAUAAAAUCACUCACACUAAUCCUACAAUUCUUAUCAACUCUUGAUAUUCAAAGUACAAUAAGUUUUAAACAAAUAAAAGAGUACCCGGUACUUAUUCACAAAAUUCAUUUCUUUUAUGCUUGAAAACAUCAUUUAAAGGGAAGUAAUUUUUUAAUAAGUAGCUGUAUUUAGUUGGACACAAUUAAUUAUAUAAUUUUACCCUAUUAUUUUUGUUCCCUGUAACUUGUGACUUAUAAAAUGGUUUGCACAAAGAAAACUAAACAUUUCAUCAUAUGCCUCACUAUGGCAGUUGAUCAACACAUAGCUGGAAUAGUUUGGCCAAAUGUAUUAUUGUUUUUGUGGGUUUUUUUAUUGACUACCUCCAUUCUGUCUAUAGAAUUCUUGCGUUAUUUACAGUAUUGACUAGAGUAAGUUUAACAUCCAUGCAUCAGAAUUUCAUGGAAUGAUUGAACAUGUAUCUUGAUGUGCAAGACAUUUUUUUGUUUAAAACCACCAAAUUUUAUACCCUGCUACAGGGACAAACUCUACAUUUAGUGUAUAUUAAUUCAAGAAUAUUUAAAAAUAAAAAAUAAUGGCAUCUAAUAAAUUACAUUGCAUUCAUAACUGAUUAUGUGUCAUGUUACAUCCAUUUCUACGCCUCUGUUGUGUAAUUUCUUGAAUGUUGAACUAUUACAAAGUACUCAACUCUUAAAUGAUCAUAAUUCUCAUAAAUGUAAGCUAUGAUUUAAAAUAAUGAUUAAUCAUUGCCCCGUCAGUACAUUGACAAAAUAAUUGGCAGUAGGCAACUUUUGGCUUGUAUUAAAAAACAAAAGUAUCUCAAAAUGCAGUUACAAUUUAUGUAAGGCAAAAAGUAAAGAGCUUCUCAUGCAACUAGUUUUGGCAGAAUUUAGUGUUAAAUGGAAUAACAACAGUUCCCAGAUGUUUAUGAGAAGCCUUUGUGAACAUUCCAUAAUAAUAUUGGCUAAUAAAAAAACUAAAAAAAACUUCUACAUGUAAAAUGA